UUCUCUGCUAUGACAAUAUUUCUUAUUUGAAAGGGUGGCAAACGUUUGAUUAGAACAUUAAGGCAAGAAACAAAGGAGAACUUCUCAAGGGGAAUCAAUGUGAAAUGUUCUGUAUGAAGCAAUAAGAAUUUGCUAGAUCAGGUCUAAAGAAAGCCCCAUUGCACAUCCAAGAUAUUAUCAACCAUCCAUGGCACAAAGGAGUAAGUCAUUUCGGUUUAGGAUCCCAUGGCUAUCAGUACCUUCUGAAUCAUUUGCCCGUCGUGUAAGGGAUACACCAAAAUCUCCUCCCCACUCAGACACAAGUGUACCUAUUCAUAGAUCAUCUAAGCCUUCUUUGGUGGCACCUUCAGAGCCAUCUCCUUCUAGUCCUACAAAAACUGAAGAAGCCUCAAGAGCUGAACCUCAAAAACUUUCACCAUCUUCUCCACAGCCACCACUUCAACCUUCACCUCAUGCAGAUUCACCAUCUAAGCCCCACAUUGCUCCCUCAUCCCCCAAAACUAGUUUGACCUCAGCCUUGAAAGCAUCCACUUCUCCUACAUCAUCUUCCUCUGAAGAAGAAAAGAAAAAGAUGAUCUUGUCUGAACCAACAUCACAAGAAGCUGAGUCGAAGGUAGAAGCACCAUUGAGAACAAUCUCCAAGUCACCAGAAACAUCUUUUCAACCGGCGAGGAUGUCAUCAACUCAGCCUGCAGACACCGAACAACAAGUUUCUUCUGUGCCCUAUUCAUCCCCGGUUUCAAAAUUUGAACUUGCCACUCAUCCAUCAUCUCCUUUGGCCUCAAAGGACGUCAAAACUGAAGAAACCAUUCCUCAAGAAGAAAAGGAGAAGAUGGAAGAGCCAGUACCAGAACAAGAAAAACCAAAGAUAAAUUCACCUUUGAAAACCAUCACCAAGUCACCGCAGCAGACCUCUUCUCAACCAGAGAAUCUGUCCACACAGCUUCCCGCAAUUGAGCACAGAUCAACAACACCAAAUAGCAAGUCCCUUAAAUCUGAAAAAAAGGAAAAAGUGGUGCCAGAAACCUCUAAGGAACGAGGAAAAGGCAAAGAUACAACAACAACAGCCACAGGACAACCAAGUGAACAACGCACCAUAGCUUCUGCUUCAGGAACAACAACAACAACAAAGGCUAAAGAUUCAUUUGGCAAGGCGUUUCGUGGAGAUAAGAAGCAUCAUGGAGUACGAGAAACUGUGGAGAGAAAACUGAUGUUUUCCACAACCAACCCCAUCGAGAAAGACACAAGAGUUGUGACUUCAACAGAUGAAGGCACAAAAAAUGUGUCAAGCUCAAGCAUAUCACCUGAAAAAGCUGUCUCAUCCAGUGGUGAAAAGGCUCCUCCACUACAAAAAGGCAUCAAAGAUGAUAUCACAAAGUUUGUGCACAAACUAACAUCCACUGUUCACCCUACACAACACAUGGAUGACAAACAGUUUAGUGUCAUAACCUUGGUUGGUGACAAUAGAGGAGCCACAAUGCACUUAGGUUCUGAGUCAGCUAAGAAAGAGGAUUCAAUCCACAUACACCGAGCCUACAAGAGUGAUCCUGAAGAGACCAACGAGGUGACCACUGAUGGAGAAGAAAACACCAAUGAAGAAGAAGAAGAAGAAGAAGAGCUGGGGAUGGCAUAUGUCAACAGCAACAUACAAAGUAUCAAUAACUCACUCAUGUUUCAUGGUUCAAUCACUGAAAGAGACCCUGGUGUUCAAAUUACUCUUCCACAAAAGCCCACUGAACCCAUCAGGCCCCAUGAUAAGCCUAAACCGGGCUUGGAAACUCAGAGGACUCAGUUCAACAUCAACCGGGCCGAGAAGUCAAUGUACCAGCCGACUGUUGGAAGAAGCAUCAGAGGGCCCUUCCUCGAAUCGCAUGAUAAACGUCGCCGUCAAAGUUGCAAGUUCAGUUGUGACAAGGAUAUUGAAGACAUUGAGAUAAUGUGAAGAAACAAGCACACAGAUUCCCUUCAAAAAUCCAAAAUAAACUGUGGUGGAAUAUUGUAACAAACACUCUUAGUAGCAAAAAUAAGUGUUAACAACAUCCACGUCAUGUAAUUUGUCAUAUAUCAUGUCAUUUUUAUGUUAUGCUUGUGAUA